AUGCUGGUCUACAUUGGAAAUACGACGACCAUACCCAGCGGCAGCCAUGCCGACCCAGGGGUGGUAGGAGUACCCGUCUUCAGCCAAUAUGUUGUCGACAGUGUGACCCUCGACGAGACUCCCGGCAUGUCGCCGUUCGCGGAAACAGUCACCUAUGCCCCAGACCGCCUCCAGGGCAGUGUUCGAGAUUCGCAGAUAGGGACCGAUCGAGUUAGUUCCGCGAACAAGCUCACCGCCACGAUCAGUGUGACGUUAAAGUUGCAGUGUUUUGUUGUAGAGCAGCUGUUUUCGGACACCAUUCUCACGUCGUACGGCGUGGAAUUCUACAAGGGUGCAUCUAUCUUCUACAGCCUGGACAACCUGAUCUUUUACGAUGUGCUGACGUGA